AAGGAAAGGAAACAACCAUUUCAAAAAUAGUACUCCAUUUUGACUGUCAAAAACUCGUUAGCAAAAGAUUUCUCAUAUCUGUUUGGUUGGAUUUUCAGAAAAGAUUUUCAAAAUAACAACCACAACGAAUCAAAGAAGAAUUUUCUGUAAUAAAAACAAGAUACGGUAAUCAACGGCAAAAGAAAGAUCAAAUCUAUAAACCUAUAAACAGAGUAACUUGCAGAGUUUUUGAGUCAGAAAAAAAGAUAAAUCAAGAUACCCCUUUUAUUGUCUUAAUGAGAGCAAGAAACAUUAAUGGUUUGAAUCAGAGCAAAAGUUAUUGAAAAAAAUGAACAGUUGCAGAGAAGGGGUAAAAGAAGGAAAUUGAAAGAGAUUCACGAGAUUGUCAGUUUUUGCUGAUGAGAACAACACUUCACUACUACUGAGGUGGUGCCCUGGUUGUGCUAUGAGUUUGGUUGUAUCAAGAUAAAAAAAUGGGGAAAGCAACAAGAUGGUUUAAGAAUUUUUUAGGAAUGAAGAAAGAAAAAGAUAAGAAUUUCUCAUCAAAUUUGAGUGAUCAGAGAGAUAAGAAGAGAUGGAGUUUUGGGAAAUCAGUUAGAGAUUCAGUUUGUGUUGGUCAUUUUCCGGAGAGUAAUUAUAACAAUCCGGUUGAUGAUAAUGAUGAAGAAACAGAGACAACAACCACAACAGCAACAUGGGUCAAAUCUUCUUCUUAUUACAGUGAAACAGAGAAUGAACAAAACAAACAUGAUGUUGCUGUUGUUAGACUUACUAGUCAUGGUAGAGGUACUUUGUUUAAUGGUGUUAAUGAGAAAUGGGCUGCUAUUAGGAUUCAAACUGUGUUCAGAGGCUAUUUAGCAAGGAAAGCAUUAAGAGCACUAAAAGGAUUAGUGAAGCUGCAAGCACUUGUUAGAGGUUAUUUAGUUCGAAAACAAGCUGAUGCAACUCUACAUAGUAUGCAAGCUCUUAUCAGAGCUCAAUUAACUGUUCGAUCUCAGAAAGCCCGUCAGCAACUCAAUCAAGAACAAAGACCUUACCCGGAAUUCCGGCCUCGCCGGUCCACUGAAAGAUAUGAUGAUGCAAGAAGUGAGCACACUGCAUCAAUUCAUAGCAGGAGACUAUCAGCAUCACUUGAAGCUGCGAUUAUUAAUAAUACAUUUGAAGAGACUCCUAAGAUUGUCGAAAUCGAUACGUGUAGGCCGAAGUCACGGUCUAGGAGAACACCAAACAAUUCAAUAUCAGAGUACGGGGAAGACCCGUGUAAUCCAGCGCCGAGAAUCGAUUCUCCAAGAUUGCAGGCAUGUCCAAUUCCAGCAAGAAUGUCAAUACCGGAUUGCAGGAAUUUCCAUGAGUUCGAUUGGGCAUUGGCAGCCGAUGAGUGCAGAUUCUCCACUGCUCAGAGCACUCCCCGGUUUGUGAAUUCCUGCGCUCCGGCCACGCCAGCGAAGAGCGUUUGCACGGAGAGGUUGUUUAGACCGUACUCGAAUUUCCCAAAUUACAUGGCAAAUACACAAUCGUUCAAGGCGAAAGUUAGAUCGUACAGUGCUCCUAAACAAAGGCCUGAUACAGGUUCAAGGAAGAGACUAUCAUUAAGCGAAAUUGCGGAAUCGAGGGCUAGUUUAAGCGGAGUCCGAAUGCAAAGGUCUUGUUCUCAAGCUCAAGAAGCCAUUAGUUUCAAGAAUGCUGUAAUGGGUAAACUUGACAGGUCUACCGAAUUUGCUUGUGACAUUGAAAGGGAAUACUUUCAAAGGAGAUGGUGAGGAACUGCAAAUUCUCUUUGCUUUCUUCCAGUGUAAUCAAUUUUUAGAAUCAAAAACACAAAUUUUGUGUGUAAAUUUGAAAAUCUUUGAUCUUGUGAAAAUGGGUUCAACAAUUGUUAA